AGUGACAAAUUAUAAAUUCUUCUGUCAGUAUUGUAUUUACGUUCUUUCAGACGAAUAUUUUUCGCUGUUCAUAUUAUUUUGAGAUUAUAAUUUUAUCACAAUGCCACAGCAAGUGGAACAGAAGACUAUUGACCCCGAAGCGGAGCUCAGCAAUGUACAGCGCAUUUUCAAGAAGCUCGCGCCGAUGUGCAGCGUGGAAAAGCGCGCUGGCGGCGAACCGCAGCUCGCUCCUCAGGAGAAACAGCUCGGCAUAUUGACUCAUGAGCUUAAGGAAACCCUGCUAUGUAUCAACCUGGCAAAAAAAGGUCAACACGCCAUCCGCGACCGUGUAGCGAAGAAGAGUACCCGCUACUCGAUCAUGGAGUACGAACACUUGGACUUGGAAGUGCGAGAUGAGCGCAACCAGCAGACCGAGCUGGACUGUCUCAACUACCUCGCCGCUAAGCAAAUACAGGAGUUGAUAAAGAAAGUACCGACGGAAGCUGAUGAGCUGGCAAUGAUUGAGGAUGCAGCCGCGCGUCUUCGGCGCAUGGAGAAUCGAUUGGACUUGGCCACCAAGCGGUUUUGUGUCGUCAACACGGACAACAAACAUGUUCGUGAAGAGAUCCAUCGGCUGAUGGUUGAGAGGAACAGCUUCAACAUCCAAUGGAACCGCACCAUCGGCAAGCUCGUGAAGGGGAAGGAGUACCUCAUGGACAUCUUCGAGAUCGCCGCCCUCGCCUUCGGGGACAGGGACGAGUGCAUCAGGAAGCUGGAGGCGUUGAAGUGGAAAGGGCUGUUCCAGCUUAACAGAGAUAUUGCGGAAAUGCAAUCCUACGAAGGCGAGAUCAACCACCUAGCUAAACUGGAGGAGUUUUUGCGCGUAAAGGGCUCCCGAAGAAUUUGCGAAGCAGAUGAAGUAGAAGAAGUGAAGAGGCAGGAGGAGAUCCAGCGAUGCGAGAGCGAGAUAGCGAGAUACGACGAGCUUCUGUCUGAGAUCUUUCAAUACGCGGGCACCAGCCGUGUGCUCAGCGUCGUGAACAAUUUCGUGGCGCAUGAGAUGCAGAACUUCCAGUGCUUCGUGCUGCUGUGCGAGGUGCUGCAGGAGUCCAUCUUCCUGCGGCGGGAGCUGACCAGGGCGAGGCAGCUCAUAUUGGACCAGCGUGACAUCAACGAGGCUCGAGAAGAGAUGCAAACCAAACGUCUGGUCAGCAUGAGACUAGCAUUAGAACAGCAGAGAGCCAAGGUGCAGGAAAAGCGAGAAUUGAAUCUAGCCGCGGAUAACACCAUCAUUAAGGUGCUGAAAGGCAUCGACGAAUUAGUCAGGCUAGCUAAAUGCGACACGACGCCUCUCCUGUCGCUUCUCGGCAACCACCGGGAGACCACCAAGUGGAACGUCACCAAGUUCCUGCGUAUCCUAGAGGCUGAAGUCAAGGGCCUCAUCGAAGUUUGCUACGGUGCCGUCAAGCCACCAGCCCCGACUCCCAAAGGGCGUAAACCAGUGGAGCCGGCCAGCGUCAAGCUAGUAGCAGAUCCCUACGUUGUGGCCCUGCAUCCUAACAGGAUUGAGAAACUAGUGCCAUACCAGCCCUGCGCUUACUGCGUGGAAGACUACAUCAUGAACUUGAUCUUCGAGACUCUAGCCGUGCCCGCCGACCGCGAUUAUGUGGAAACCAUCUUCCACCUCGAGGCCAUCAACACCAAGUUCGGGAUAUACACGCUAACCAACCCCGCGUAA